ACGGAAGUAGUCCCGGAUGUGGCUCACACGUGAAAAACACCACUGGGGCUCACGAGUUGGGAAUAUGACAUGAUGCUAUAAACCCAGUGAGGCAGUGUAAAGUGAGUUUGAAUUUCGGCGUUAAUUGUUUCAAUAAGAGCAAGAUCUUAAAGAUCUCAGAGGUGUGAAGAUGGAGGAAAAGGAGCAGAAACGGCAUCAGCACAAGCAAAGUGGCCCCAAGGCUGAGAAGAAGAAGAAGAGGAAGCAGCGGGAUCAGGGUGCAGACCUGGAGCAGGAUGAGCGCAAAAGAAAUCCGAAAGCAUUUGCCGUGCGUUCGGCUGUGCGCAUGGCCAGGACCUUCCACAGGACCCAAGACAUAAAAACUAAGAAGCAUCAUAUACCAUUGGUAGACCGCACGCCUUUAGAGCCACCCCCUGUGGUAGUGGUCGUGAUGGGGCCUCCAAAAGUGGGCAAGAGCACACUCAUCCGCUGCCUGAUCAAAAAUUUCACACGGCAGAAGCUUUCAGACAUCUCUGGCCCUGUCACGAUAGUAUCAGGGAAGAAACGGCGUCUGACGUUUAUCGAGUGUAACAACGAUAUUAAUACCAUGAUAGAUUUGGCAAAGGUUGCGGACCUGGUCCUGAUGCUGAUCGAUGCUAGUUUUGGCUUUGAGAUGGAGACUUUUGAGUUCCUUAACAUCUGUCAGGUCCACGGAUUCCCUCGAGUCAUGGGUGUGCUCACACAUCUGGACUCCUUCAAAAACAAUAAGUCCCUCAAUAAGACCAAGAAACGUCUCAAACAUCGCUUCUGGACUGAAGUGUACCAGGGAGCUAAGCUGUUUUACCUGUCUGGGAUGGUGUAUGGAGAAUACCAGACACAGGAAGUGAGGAACCUUGGACGAUUCAUUUCAGUCAUGAAGUUUAGGCCGCUGGUGUGGCAAACCUCUCACCCUUAUGUUGUGGCUGAUCGGAUGGAAGAUCUGACCGAUCUGGAGGCUAUUCGAUUAGAUCCAAAAUGUGACCGAACCGUCUCUCUGUACGGCUACCUGCGUGGGACAUUCCUGAAGAACAAAGGCCAGGUUCAUAUUCCAGGAGUAGGAGAUUUCUCAGUGUCCGACAUCAGCUUUCUUCCUGACCCGUGUCCGCUCCCGGAGGAGCUGAAGAAGAGAGCUCUGAAUGAGAAAGAGAGACUGCUCUACGCUCCCAUGUCAGGGGUUGGAGGAGUGGUGUAUGAUAAAGACGCAGUGUACAUAGACAUGCCUGUUGGCCAUGUCAAACAGGACCAGGAGGAGGUGCGUCCUGCCACAGAGCUGAUGCAGUCCCUCAUGGGCACACAGGCCACUCUGGAUGCUAAGAUUGCUGCCAGCAAAGUUUCACUUUUCACAGGAACUGCAGCACUGACUCCAGAGGAAGUGCAAGAGAAAAGCAGUGAAAAGGAAGGGCCUGUGGAGAGCCGAGUGUGGGACUCGGAGACCCAGCGAGAGAGGAGGAAAGCUGUCUUUACUGAUGAAACAGAGAAAGACAAUGAUGAAAGUGAUGAGGAAGAAUCAGAUGAGGAAGGUGAAAGCAAGGAGGAAAAGGCAGAUGAGGAGGAAGAUGAUGAUGAUGAGGAGGAGGAGGAGUCAGAAGAAGAAGAGGAGGAUAGAGGUAAUGAGAGCAAACUGGGCAAGAGUGAAGUGGCAAAGGGCGAAAAGAAAAAAAUGAAAGAGGCAGCUCCUCCCUUGAAGAGACAGAAGCUGGAGGAAAAUGGAAAAGAUGGCAGGUCUGUGAUAGAGAUGCCUGCAUUUGCUGACAGUGAUGAUGACCUAGAGAAAAGUGAUGAAGAAGAGACUGAUGAGGAGGAGGAGGAUGAUGAAGAAGAGGAGGCGGAGGAAAUGGAGGAGAAAAGAAGCUCAGCACCUCCAGAUUCUGGUCACUGCUCUGAGGAGGAUAGUGAUGAUGGAGAGGAUGUGCAAGAGGAAGGAGAGUCUGGAAAGCAAAAGAUGGCUGAGGAGGAGGAGGAAGAGGAGGAGGAGGAGAUGGAUGCAGAAGACGAAGUAGAACCGGGAUCUGAAACUGCAGGAGCACUACGCUGGAAAGACGAUUUGGUCCGAAAAGCCAUGGAAGCGUAUCAGAGACGAGAACGUGCCGCACCUAACCUACGCAAGCUGGUGUAUGGUACAGCGGUGGAGGAGGAGGAAGAAAACGCUGAGGAGGAGGAGUUGGGUGGGCUGUUCCGAGUUAGUCGGCCAGAGAAGAGUAAGAAAGUAAGAGCGGAUGCCGUCGACUGCUCACGUUUCCAGCCUGAUGCAAGCCACGACUGGGACCAGGAGGAGAUGUUGGCCUCCAUUAGGGACUGCUUUGUAACUGGAAAAUGGGAAGGAGAUAAAGAUGCUGCUACGCUGCUUAAAGAGGAUGAUGAAAUUUAUGGAGAUUUUGAGGACCUUGAAACUGGAGAGGUUCACAAAGCAAACACUGAGAUGGAAGAUGAUGAGCAGGAAAAUAAUGAGGAGGAGGAAGAGGAGGAGGAAGAGGAACCCAAAUUAGUGAAGGUUGAUGAUGAUGAAGCUCAGAAAAACAAGCGUCUGGAAAAGAAGAGGAGACUGAAGGAGAGGUUCAAUGCGGAAUAUGAUGAUGGUGAUGCUACCUACUUUGAUGACCUCAAAGAGGAAAUGCAAAAGCAGGCUGAGCUGAACAGGGCCGAGUUUGAGGACAUGGAUGAUGAGACUCGUGUUCAGUAUGAGGGCUUCAGGCCUGGCAUGUAUGUACGCCUGGAAAUCCCCUCGCUUCCGUGCGAGUUUGUUACCAACUUUGACCCACAUUAUCCGGUCAUAGUCGGUGCCUUGGGAGCCAGUGAAGGGAAUAUAGGCUAUCUGCAGAUGCGUUUGAAGAAACACCGCUGGUAUAAUAGGAUCCUGAAGACCCGUGACCCACUCAUUCUGUCAUUAGGCUGGAGACGUUUCCAGACCAUUCCUCUCUACCACAUUGAAGACCACAAUGGCCGCCACCGCCUGCUCAAAUACACUCCUGAGCAUAUGCACUGUGGCGCCGCAAUCUGGGGACCCAUCACACCCCAGGGGACAGGCUUUCUGGCUGUGCAGAGUGUUGCAGGGACUCAAGCAAAUUUCCGCAUUGCAGCCACUGGAGUAGUCUUGGAUUUGGACAAAUCUGUGACCAUCGUGAAGAAGCUGAAGCUGAUUGGAUAUCCAUAUAAGAUUUUUAAGAACACCUGCUUUGUCCAGGGAAUGUUUAACACGGUGCUGGAGGUCGCAAAGUUCGAGGGCGCCUCUAUCCGCACGGUCAGCGGGAUCAAAGGUCAGAUAAAAAAGGCUCUGCGGACACCGCCCGGAACCUUCCGAGCCACCUUUGAGGACAGGCUCCUCAUGAGCGACGUUGUGUUCCUGCGCUCCUGGUAUCCUGUCACAGUUCCUCAGCUGUAUAAUCCCGUGACCUCUCUGCUGAUGGCUGUUGGUCAGAAGGACAAAUGGACAGGAAUGAGGACUCUUGGGCAGCUUAAACACGACUUGGGAAUAAAGAACCAACCCAACCAAGACUCUCUGUACAAGCCGAUUGAGAGACAGAAGCGACACUUCAACCCCCUCCAUGUCCCCAAAGAGCUGCAAAAGGCUUUGCCAUUCAAGAGCAAACCCAAGCGGCAUGAAGCCAAGGGCAACAUCCCCCGAGACCUGCAGAGACCCGUGGUGAUCCGGGAGCCCCACGAGAGGAAGGUGGCAGCAUUGCUCAAUGCCCUGAGCACAGUCUACUCUCACAAGACGAAGAAGGCUCAAGCAGAGCAGCACAUGAAGCACAAAGAUUUCCUGAAGAAGAAGGAGAAGCUGGAGGCAGAGAAGCUCAAGAGGCAGAAGGAAGAGCGAAAAAAGGUCUACCGUGCUAUGGGACAGAAGGAGAAGAAGAAACUCAAAGCAAGCCUUAAGGGAGCUUCUAAGGAUGAAUGAGCAUGCUGUACUUAUGACCUAGUGCUGCUGGACUUCAGCUCUGAGUCCACUGGACCCACAGAACCUGACUGUGUGAACAGUUUUAACACCAGCGGAUGUGUAGGCUCUAGUGUGGAGAGAUGCAUUGAUAUGUGAGAGACAUGGAGCUGGGGUUUGUAUAUAUUUCACCAUGCAAACAAGAAUCACGCGUAAUGGUGCUACUGGCCAGCUGUUUGUGAGACUCGAAUGUGAGAAUUCUAGUCACCAUUUAAAUGUCAGUCACACUUGCCUUGUAAAUGUGGAUGACUAUAUAGAUUUCUUGGUUUUCUUAUUCCUGCAGUUCAUGUCAGUUUGAGACCAUGUAAAUGCUUUGUAAUGUUGGUUUUAAUAAAAAAGAACUAAUGUA